AUGGGGUUUCUCUUCCAGGGUGCAGAAUCGAUUAUUUGGGACAGCGGAGAGACAGUUUCAAAGAAACGUAUAAGAAAGACCUAUAGGAUUGAGGCGCUGGACACAAAGAUAAUAAGCAGUAGAACGAAGAGGGAGGCAAAGAUCCUUAAGAAGUUGGAAGCAGCUGGAAUACCGGCGCCAAGGCUAAGAGAUGUGUACGGCGACACCAUUGUGAUGGAAAAGAUAGACGGGACACCCCUAAAGGAGAAGAUUGAUGACUGCAGCGAUCAGAAAACUCUCUUCUAUGACUUGGGAGUCCUAGUGUCAAGGCUUCAUCUUGUAGACGUGAUCCAUGGAGACCUAACAACAUCAAACUUUAUAUUUAAGGAUAAAAUACAUGUGAUAGACUUCGGGCUGUCUUACAUCUCCCGAAAGGAUGAGGACAAGGCUGUUGAUCUGUAUGUCUUUGAAAAAGCAGUUGGGUGCAGACACGACACCAAGCUCCUCGAAAGUUUCUAUAAAGGGUACAUGGCCAAGGGAAGCACUGAUGUAUUAAGUAAGCUAGAGGCGGUUCGCUUGAGAGGUAGGAAAAGGGAGCUGAUGGCCUUUGGGUAG